GAUGAACUACAGCGCAGCGACAUGGCCUGCUUGAAUCUCCAGGUCCUUGUGACAGUGUCUCUUAUCUCUCUGUCCUCUAUCAGCAGAUGCUUUUGUAUGCUGCACGCUGGCACUUGCUGGCCUUUCUGUAUUGGGAGUAACUGCUUGGUUAUCAACCGAGACAAAGUGGAUUUUACAACAGCCGAAGAAAGAUGUCAAGCCAGGAAAGGAGGGCUCAUGACACUUCAGUCAGCAGAAGAUAAGAGAUUACUUGAUAUCGUGACGCAAGAACUAGAUGGAAACUUCUGGCUUGGACUUUAUUUACCGCCAGAUGCCUGCACCAACCUCUCACUUCAUAUGAGAGGCUAUGAAUGGACCGCUGGUAAAGGGCGCAGCAACUUUGUUCCCUCUCACAUCACCUGGAAAGAUGGAGUAAGUGUCUGUUCACCUAGCUGUGUCUCACUUUCAAAAGAGCAAAAGCUCAAAGAGCGGGAAUGCUCUGAUAAAAUCGACGGAUUCCUGUGCAGAACCUCCCACAGAGAUGCUUGCCAGACGCAAAAAUUAUCAGAUGCAACAUUUUUUCCGAGUUCAAAGGGCUGCUCAGAUGGUCCGUGUGAACAAAACUGCACUCCUGUCAAAGAUGGCUUCAAAUGCUCUUGUUUCCGUGGAUAUGCACCGGACAGCACGGAUCCCAGGAGGUGUAAAAUCCACUGUGCGCAGGAGAGAUGCCCCGCCAUCUGUGAGCAAAACACUGACAGCGCUUGCUUCUGCGCUGAUGGCUUCAUCAUCAAUGACAAAUUCUGCGAAGACAUUAAUGAGUGCCUCAUGAACGAAUGUGAACAAGAGUGUAAAAACACAUUUGGAAGUUUUGUCUGUGCCUGUAAAACAGGCUAUGUACUCAGACAUCAGGUGAAAUGUGUAAAAGCAGCCGAGGAACAUUUUGUUAUCACCACUCCCUCUGUCAGAGGUUACGCAAAACCUGACAAUGACACCAUGAAAGGUUCCUCUCUUUCCGCGGGCACGUUUAUUUGGCUGUGGAUUUUAGUUGCUUUGGCUGUGGUUGCGGUUAUUUGUGUUGGGCGAUUUUAUGUGAUUAAGCGCCAGAAGCACAGAGAGCAUAAUCUGAACCAAAGGCCAAUUGCUCCAGUGGAAACUACUUAGUUUUACUCACACACACAUAGAUACGGGACAUGUGAGUUUUUAUUUUAAUCUGUGACUGGAGUAUGAAAUUAUUUAGCAAACCAAACUGUACACUUAAAAUAAAAUGAAAUUGUAAAAAUUA